AUGGAGGGAGAGAUCAAGAAUUUCAUUAUGGUAUGGUCUUCAGUAAUCCUAUCAGUAUGCUAUUGUUAUGCCAUAGCUAAACUAACUGCUAAAGGUACAACAAGAUUAUGCAUGUUCAUGCCAGCAAUAUGUCUUUUUUUUGUCCUUCCUAUGAACUUAAACUCUGUCAAUUUAGGUUGUGCAACUGCCUUCUUUGUCACUUGGUUAACAAAUUCUAAACUUCUACUCUUAGCAUUUGGAACCGGCCCUUUGUCCAAUCCAUCGCUCUCCCUUUCCCAUUUUGUUGUCAUUUCUUGUUUACCAGUUGUGAUACAACAUCAACCCACAACCUUAAAAUCUUCGAUAAACGACGAAAAUUCAGAGAAUUCUCGUGUUAAUGGAGAACAUAUGAACCCUAAUAUGCAUAGGAAAAAUAGUGUGAAAUCCCUUUUGCAUUAUGGAAAGAAGGUUUUGUUUUUGAUAUUUUUGCUGAUUUUGAAUCUUUAUAGACAUAAAUUUCACCGAGAUCUUACGGCAUUCAUGGUGUGCUUGUUUACUGUCGUUGGCUUGGAAGUGAUACUAGGGGUGGCGGCCGUUAUUGGCCAAUUCUUGCUAAGAACUGAGGUCGAGCCACCAUUUAAUGACCCAUACUUCGCAUCAUCGUUGAAAGACUUUUGGGGUCGAAGAUGGAAUCGUGUAAGCUCGAAUACUCUACGUUUGGUUGUAUUUCACCCGAUCCUCAAGAAGUCAUCGAUGAUUAUAGGUCCAAAUUUGGCUGUAACACUGGCCUUAUUAGGUACAUUCGUCGUGUCUGCACUUAUGCAUGAAAUCAUCUUUUACUAUAUAGGCCGUGUUACACCUCGAUGGGGUACAACAUCGUUUUUCCUCAUGCAAGGGCUAUGUCUCAUAGUCGAGAACAAUUUGAGGGAGAAAAUUAGCGUUAAAUGGCGCGUGCCACGACUAAUCACGGGGCCAUUGGUGUUUGGUUUUGUUGUAUACACAUUCAUGAGGCUAGUCUUGCCAGAACUGCUUGAAUACAAUGUGGAUGAAAGAGCAAUUGCAGAGUAUGCAGCUGUGGUUGAUUUUGUGAAGGAUGCAAGCUUAUACUGGGGAAAGUUUGGUACAAAUUUCUGGUACAAAACUUGGAAGGAAACAGCAUAUGUUUGUCAACACAUUCAAUGA